UCCUCCUAUAGACUGGACUCACGGUGAGCUGUAAGGAAAGCUGUCAGGAUCCUCUGAGUGACACCAAGACCCACAGCUGUCAUGGGCUCCACAGACAGGGCCUUACUUUGUAGCUCUACUCUUCUGGAACUCAGUUCCCAACACCCACAUCAGGUUCACAGCAGGCUGUAACUGCCCCUCCAGGGGAUCCAAGACCCUCUUUAGUCACCAGACAUUCACAAGGUGCAAAGACAUAAAUACAAGCAGGCAAAUCUUCCUCUACAUGAAAUAACUAUCAAGGGGAAAGGUCGCAUUCAAGGACUGGACCACAGGCACACAGUAGAUGAUGCCGUCACUGGACUCUCCCUCUUCCUGGGGACGAGAGACUCACUUUCUAGCUGUUCUGAGCUGAAAAUCAUACGUGUCUCUGCAAAGCAGCAUGACAGCUCCCUGGUGUAUCUGUCCUCUCAGGAUGCCAUCACAAAGUGACACUGGAGAGGAAAGGCUUCAUCAUGUCUGUGGUUGAGUACCUCUGGGACACAAGGAAUACAGAGGCCCUGCAGGUCUUGCCAACUAAAGAGGAAUCCGGAAUACAACUUGUAGAAAGAGCUGGUUUGUCCAGUUUCUCUCUAUUUAAUUUGAUGUUGGCUGUCGGCUUGUGGUUUAUUGUUUAUAUUAUAUUUAGUCUCUCUCUUUACAGGAAAGUGAAAGAUGCCUCACACGAAGCUCAUGGUGAGACCACAGUGGAUACAGAAGUAGCCGAUGAAGAGAAGCUCCAAAAGGCCCUGCAGGAGAAGAAAAGGUUUUUGAAAGUUUAUCCUCAGGUGAAACGGGAGCUUGAGGAGCGCAUCAGGAAGCUCCACGCCCUUGCAGACAAGAUUGACAAGGUGCACAGGGGCUGCACCAUCACACAGGUGGUGGCCAACUCCACCGGUGCUGUGUCUGGGGUCAUGACGGUCCUUGGUCUCACUCUGGCACCUGUGACAGCAGGAGUCAGUCUGGGACUUUCAGCCACAGGCUUGGGGCUUGGGGCUGCAGCAGCUGUGACGAGUGUUUCCGCAACCAUUGUGGAAAAGGUGAGCACAGCGUCGGUGGAAGCUGAAGCCAGCCAGCUUCUGCCAAGGAGCAAUGACACUGAGAAGGACAUUAAAAGCAACAACACUGAGAAGGUCAUUAAAGAAGUUUUGGAGAAGAACACCCCCAGGCUUAUUUCUGUAUCUAAGAAUUCCUUCCAGAACCUGGAAGGCAUAAAGAAGAACAUUGAUGCCAUCAAGCUGACCAAAGCCAGCCCUCGUCUGGCAAAUAGUGCCAAGCGUCUAAUGACCACAGGGAAGGUGUCAGCCCAAAGCACUAGACAGGUGAAGAAAGCCUUUGGAGGCACUGCUCUGGCAAUGACCAAAGGAGCCCGGAUCAUGGGUGCAGCCACUGCAGGUCUCGCCCUUGUGCUAGAUGUGGUCAGCCUCAUAGAAGACUCAAAGCAUUUGCAGCAGGGUACAAAGGCAGAGUCUGCUACAAAGCUGCGGCAGCAGGCUCAGGACAUGGAGCAGAAGUUGCAGGAGCUUAUCCGGGUUCAUGACAGUCUGAAUCAGUGGCCUCUUCCUCAGUGCAGCUCAGAGGACUGGGGGUGGGGCGUGCUGGACAGAGCCUGGACACUCGAUGGCUCAUGAAUGUAUUCCCUUUAUACCAAAUGCCAUAAUAGUGAUAGUACCUGCUAGAGGAGAGGCCAUAUUAAGAGAAAGGAAACCAGAACACAGAUGGGACAGGCUUGUUACCUCCCACUACACACCACCUCCCUUUUAGAUCCAACAACCUCCAGCAUCCCACAUAAGGACCACGCUCCCAAGCUGGGAAGAAUAUCCAAGGCCUGACUAAGUCACAGCAUGGAUGCUUCCCAGUCACACCGACCACACUGCUCCUAACAGAGGUGCACCAUCCUUACAGUUCCCUGAGCUAUCAACUUUCCCACUGCUUUCUGAUUGCUUGCAUAGAGACCUUUUCCUUCUUCCUAGUUCUGCUUCAUUCUGUGUUUUUGCAAUUAUUUCCCAAUCUUAUAAUAAGACUCUGGGUGUGAACCCCAUUUCUUUCUUCGUGGUAUGAUUACGUGGAGUGAUGGAGAUUUUGGUGAAAUACUCAGAGGAUAGAAAGGAAGGGAUGCUGGGGACAUCAUCUGCAGGGUCAUCAAGGUUCUUGGUCAUAUGUUCCAGCCAUGGGCUCUACAGGAAGGAGGGGUGACAGGAUGUGGUGGUGAGUUUUGCUCUCUGCAAGCAGACUCUUGGGGAAAUCACAAGGCUUAACUCCUACUGAAGUUUAAAAUCUGCUGUAUUUGGAUGAGAUCUGCUGAGAUGCAUGUGAAAGCUACAUUUGCUCCAUAAUAUGUGAAGAAUUAAUUUGUAAACACUGUAAACACCAACCUGGUCAUGCUUUGUGUUUUGUGAAAAUGAUAUCACGUGUUUUCUAGGUUGUUGACUACAGAAAGUUGAUAAUUGUCUCCAGAUUUUUAUCAUCUCCUCUUUUUAAAACUCUUCUUUAUUGUGGAUUAACAAGAAUAUUUGAAAUUU